AAAAAGCUCAAAAAUAUGGUUAAGUUUUACGAACAUUUAAAAACCAUAAUAUCCCGGGACCAAAAGUUGUUAGCAAAAAAUAUUCCUAUAGAAAGCCUGCAACAGAUAGAAUGGAUGGUGUUUAAUUAUAACACGAAAACAGUCUCUGGUCUGGCAACAUUAGCUCUUGAUAAGUACGAAAAUCUAUCCGAAAUAAAUAAAAAUAUUUUUAUGGAGUUUCUCAAAACAAAAGAUCAAAAUGGAGAUGAUAAAAUUGAUUUAGAUGAAUUUAUCAGUUUCAAUAAUGACUGGAGUUCAGAAUAUUUUAAGAACGUAGAAGUAGAUGAAAAGCCGACAUUUGAUAAUAAAAAAUUAAACGUCAACGUAUUAAUCGGCAUAACGACGAAGACGACGACGACGAUAACAUACGACGACGACGACGACAACGACGACAACGACGAACGAAGACGACGACAACGAGUCAACUGAACAUUUAUUUUUUAUUUAAAUUGUAUAAUAUUUAUCAUGAUACUUUUAACAAUUAAUUGAAAUUUUCUUUUAAUAUUAAUGUAAUUGCAUAUAUAAAAACAAUAAAAGUUGAUUUUUUUUCAUUUUUAAAUUA